AUGUAUUUUAACUUGUAUAAAUGUGGAUUCUUUGUAUAUUUCAUCACUAAAUUCAUGAUAUAUUCAAGAAGGGAUUCUUUUCCUAAUUAUCUUUGUGCGUCAUUAAGUAUAACUCAAAAUACACAAGGAUUUAGUGAAAAUAAACAUUAUGGAUUAUAUUUUUUAAAAAAUGGUUGUAAAUUAGGCAGUAAAUUCAAUAACAAUGAGCCUUGUGUAGCAACUCACUACACAUUUAUCGCACCAAUCAAAUUAAUUCAGCCUUCUAAGAGAAAUGCAUGGAGGCGCUUGGCAAAAGAGUUCAAUUUCGAUGAAAGAGCAGCAAGAAGAGCAAGAUACAGAAUGAUGGUAAACCAAAAUAUCGCAAAAAAGAAAAUGGCAAAAAGAACAAUGAGGAAAAUAGUUGAAGCAGUAACGAAAGAAACAAGCGAAGAACACAAAAGUAAGCAGAUCCAGAAGUUCAUUUCAGAUAUACAGUAUGUGUCGAAGAGGAAAAAACUUCCAAGUCCACCAGGUAUAUACUCUCCGUCCUACGACGCACUACUCUACAUUAAGGGUAUUCCGUUCAAAGCAACAGAAAAGGACGUAUUUGACUGGCUAAAGAAUUAUGAUGUUGUAUCAGUAGUAUUCAUCAAAAAUGAAAACGGAUUCUUCACUGGAGAUGCAUACGUAAGGUGUGUAAACAUAGGAGUUAGAGAUAAGGUGGCAAAGGAGAUGGAAAAUAAAACAAUAGGAGGAAGAUAUAUUCAAGUUUUUAGAGUUAGUGAGAAUGCAUACCUAGAGUACUAUCACUCAGGGUACAGAAAGGAACCAAAGGAAAGAAACUUCAUAGACCCAUCAGUCCUGGUAAUAACAGAUAAACAAUAUACGAAAUUGCUUGAAAGUGAAGAUAAAGAUACUUGUGAAGCAGAAGAUGGCACAACCCAAUACAAAUCAUUUGUAAAUAAUCUUAAAAAUGAAGUCGACGUAAAGAAUUUAAAAACAGGAAUGAGACUAGUUGGUACUGUUACUGAAUUGUACAGAAAUGGAGUAAUGUUAGACUGUAACAUAUUUGAAACAAGAAAUGGAGUUAAGGAAAAGGUUUUCUGUGUGUUAAAGAAAAAUAGAAUAGCCAAAAAUAUUGGCUUGCAGAACCAACAGUACGAGUGGCUCAGGAUGAAGGAUCUAGUUCUAUACCCAGGGAUUAGAUUAAAUUUGUAUGUGGAGAAAAUAAGAAGUACUACCUCCAAGAAUACAUUUGAUAAGGAUUUGUGGACUGAACAUUUUGAUGAAUCUUUGAUAGAUACGUAUUUUAAUACUGAUUCCACGAACAAGACUGACACAGUUUCUAAUGACAUGAAUUCCAGUUUAGAAAAUGAACAAGAAGUUACUAGUGUUAAACCCAAUGAAAAUUAUCCAAAGGAACAAAGUAAAGAUAAAAGAGCACUAGUAUAUUUAACAAUGGACUCAAGUGUAAGUGAAGAUAAAGUGUUGUGGUGGGAAAAGAAAAUCUUAAAUUCAGUAUCCAAGUCUUACGAAAAGGUCGACUUUAAGAGUCCAGUCGUAAAGAGUUAUAUAGAUUAUAGCGUAAAUAAGGAGAGGGUUAUGUCGAAAAAAGUUAAAGUAAAUAAUAUAUAUGAAGGAAAGUCGGUAGUACAUGGAAAUAUACCCGAUCAAUUCACUCUGGAUAAGUCAAAAGCCACAAAUGAUCAAGUAGAAAUAAAAUUUUCUCAUGAAACUAAUGAUAAUAGCCAAGUAAAUGAAACAAAAGGUUCUUAUUCAGGUGAAGAUAUUAGUAAUAGAGCACUUCCAGAUGAUGUUCCUAUUGGUAACUUGAUAUUUGGGAAUUCAGAAAUUGACUUAAAUGAAGGACGAGAUAAUAAUAUAUUCAUAUUGGGAAAAGAAGAUAAAAAGGCGGCUGAGGUUGAAUAUAUCGACUCAAACUAUAAAAAAUUGGCAAAUAUAUUCUUUAAAAACACAACAGUGGAAAAAGAUAUUCAACUCCACGACUUUGACCCUGAAGAGGAACUGGAUAUGGGUGGUGAGUCAUAUCUAAGUGACUCAGAAAUUAUGAAUUUUGAUGAUAGAUCUGCAGAUUUUAAUUGGAUAAUGGAGAAUGAUAACCGAAAGGAUUUGGAAAAGUUCCCAAGGUUAACGUUGUAUGAUGGAGCAAUUAAAGUCCCACCAAACGACUUGAUAUUGAGAGUUUCAGAAGUACCAAAGUUGUCAAACGAACAAAUAGAAGAUAUUCUGGAACUAUUAGGAAAGGAAACCACGGAUUCAUAUGAAAGAAACAAGGAAAGACUGAUUGAAGUGAUUAAAAAUGAGGGACUCCCAACAGAUUUAUUACCCCAAACACUCAUACAAAAGGGACUUUAUAGAGUCAAACAGUCAAAGGAGUAUAUGAAAAAGAUAGUCAAUAUAACUAAAGACCUGACUGGGAGGAAGUUUUCCAUGCAAGACCUCGAUAAGGCUACCACUGAAGAACUGCAAAUGCUAGUUGAAGAAGCACUUUAUAAAUUCCUUAGAUGGAAUCCACCAUUUGAUAUAAAAAAACAAUUUAUAAGUAACUACCAUAAUGUUUUAGAUGAAACAAUAACACUGCCUAAUAUUAGCGAAGUGGUACCAAGUCCUGGAUUCAUGAAAUCAAGUGAAGGGGAAGUAGAUGGUGAGUUAGAUGUUCAGGAAUCGUUGGUGGAUCAAAACGAUGAAAAUACAAAAAGAAUUGAAAAAAUGUGGAACGAUAUGAAGUGGAUGAUUGUAAUCUACAUAUACGGAGAUCAAAGUGAUCUAAAGGAAAUAGUAAAGCAGUUGGAAAAAGACAAAACUUAUCAGGAAAACCAGAACCUUAAACAUACUCCAAUGGAAGUUGAAUCUCUCAUAUUUCAGUCAAAUGAAAAAUGA